AUGACAGAAGACAAUGAGACUACAUCGCCGCUCCUUGGUGACCACCAGCCGCCAGAGUAUGGAGCGACUGGAGGAGCGCCCGCUCCCGCCGAACCGCGGACGUCCUUCAGGCGCAACCUUGGAACAGCCGAAGCCUUCAGCAUCAUAAUCAGCAUUGUCAUUGGGAGCGGUAUCUUUACCUCGCCGGGCUCGAUCGAUACAAAUGUCCCGUCGCCCGGGUUCGCUCUAAUCGUUUGGCUGGUUGGAGGAAUCCUUGCUUGGACGGGAGCGGCGACAAUGGCUGAGCUUGGCACUGCAAUCCCUGGAGAAGGGGGCGUACAGCCAUAUCUUCAGUACAUAUUUGGCGACAUCUUCGGCUUUCUCUCCGCCUGGACCUGGAUCGUCGCGGUGAUCCCAGCCUCCCUGGCGAUCAUGAGCAUCGUCUUCGUCGAGAGCAUUUACUCCGCUGUCGGAGAAAGCAGCCAGGCACAAGGGUUAAUACACAAACUUCUAUCGAUACUCGUCUUGAUAAUUUUCAGCAUGGCCAAUGGGAUCAGCACGAAAGCGACCACGCGGCUGAACAGUUUCUUCGUCACCUCAAAGUUUACGGCGAUUGUGGCAACUGUCGUGGCUGGAAUUGGUGUCGUCGUGUACUGUCUUGCUGCAGGUGGCGCAGACAAGACAUCGCAAGAUUGGCUCAACAAGUCGUGGUUUGGCUACCGAACGAGCGUCGGCCCUGACGGGUCGGAGAUCGACUGGAGCAAUCUCCACGGUUGGGAGAUGCUGGGACAUUACUCGGCAGCUCUGUAUGGCGCGCUCUGGGCUUACUCAGGGUGGGACAAGGCGAUUUACAUUACCGCCGAACUCUCGGCGCCGGCCCGCCAACUCCCGCUUGCUAUCAACACGGCGAUUCCCAUCAUCAUUGCUGGGUUCAUUGCGGUGAACACCGCAUACUACAUCCUGCUUCCUUGGGACGUAGUUUCAACUACGGACAGCGUGGCUGUGACCGCUUUUAGCCACUUACUAGGUCCUGGCGUUGGCCUAGCAGCCUCGUUCCUCAUCUGCAUCGUUGUCGCCGGAUCCUUACUCUCAAGCUCCUUUGUCGGAAGCCGCAUGAUCGUCGCGGCAUCGAACAAGAACUGGCUUCCAAAGUUCCUCGGCGAAGUCGGAUACAUCGGCGUUCGACGAGGUAACCCUCGAGCAAGCACCGAAGCCGAGGAUUCAUCAUCAUCUGAUGACUCUGACGCUCCGCUUAACGCACUCAUCUUCUCCACCGCCUGCUCAAUGCUCUACAUCAUCUUCGGUAACUUCCGAGCUCUUAUCACGUUCAAUGGACUGGGCGAGUACAGCUUCUUCUUCCUCACCAUGAUAGGAGCUAUUGUUCUGCGGUUCCGCGAGCCCAAGCUGCAUCGACCUUAUAAGCCAUUCAUCGUGAUUCCAGCGGUGUUCACUCUUGUUAGUGGAUUUGUUGUUGCCAGAGGAGCCGUCUUUGCGCCCUUUCAGGCGGGCGUGCUCAUUGCCGUUUGGGCUUUAGGAGUCUUCUUCUACUGGGCGAGGAGAUGGUGGCUGCGUAGGGAGGUCUCAUGA